AUGCCAGUGCAGCUGCUGAAGGGCGAGUUCAAAGAUCCAUGUCGGGCCUUUGACUUCUCGAACUUGGGAGAUGCCGAGCUUAAGAAGGGCGAGACUGGAGGUGCGUUGGCCGCCUUCGACAAAGCUAUUGAGGUGGAGUCUCGCUGGCCCACGAUUUGGCUGCACCGUUCUCAGGCAAAGCUUCAGCACGGUGAUUUCGAGGGUGCAAUCGCAGACGCAACGGCAACGCUGCAGUCUGACGGGCGCAUCACUGCAGCGUUUGCAGUGAGAGGAGAGGCUCGGCUCCAGUCUGGCGAUGCUCUGAACGCAGCUGCAGAUUUCGAUGCCUUUCUCGCACAGGAACCAAUGCAUGCAAGACUCUUGUGGAGGCGGAGCAGGGCACGCCUGGAACUGGGACGGCUUCGCGAGGCCUUGGUUGACAGCCAGGCUGCCUUGGAUGUGGCAGCUGGAGAUCUCACCGAGGAAGAGCAAGCCGAUUGCCACCUGGUUACGGCUCUAGGUCGAAUGCGCUUGGCAUCUGGGGCCGAGUCCAUAUCGAAAGCCUGCACAUCUGCACUGCUUCUCAAUCCCAGGCUGCACGAGGCUAUGCUUGUCCGUGGCCAGGCACAGCUGCAGCUGGGCUUCUUCGCGGCCUGCGAGCUCGACUGCAGUGACGCCCUCAAAGCAAUUCCAGACAGCGCCACGGCCUGGGCCACGCGGGGACGGGCGCGGCUGAGACAGAAAUGCUUCCGGGAAGCCGCAGAAGAUUGCCGCAGGUCUCUUGCCCUGGAUGCGCAGUGCCGGCUGGCCAUGUCCACCUUGGGUGCGGCGCUGCUCCAUUUGGGUGACCACCAAGGAGCCCUGCAGUAUUGUGAUCAAGCUGUUCUUUUCAUGCUGGAUCCAAAGGGCGAAGCAGAGGCCAAGGGCCAGAAGAAGUCCAAAAAAAAGCCUGGCAUGGCACGCGGCAAGGACAAGAAGAAGUUCAAGGAGAAAAAGAGCGUCAGCAAGCACGUCUCCGCAGCCUCCUUAUCAUCAGCUGCAGAGCCGGAAGUUGACACGGCUCCUGAAGAGGAGACCGUGCAGAAGGCUGCCGCUGAAGAGUUGGAGCCAGCGAGUUUGGGUGAGCCAGGACAAGAUGGCAUCACAGAACUGGAGGAUGGGCCUGGCGACCCAGACGCACAAGUUGAUGUUGACGGGAAGCCUGAUGCAGAAGAAGGCCCCGAUGAAAGUUCUCCGGGCGCCCCCGAAGGUUCUCCUGGCGACGAAAAUUCCAAUGCCAAGGAAGCUGGAGAGCGAGAUAUGGAUAGAUCAGAGAUUGAGGAAUUGGCAGACUUGUACACCAUGCGUGCCCAAGCCAAAGUAGCACUGGGAGAUCUAGAGGGAACUAUUGAGGACUGCUCAUGUGCCUUGAAGCUGAAUGAACGAGUACCCUUCUGCUGGGCUGCCCGAGCGGAGGCCAAGCGCUUGCAGGACAAGCUGGAGGAGGCUGUCGCAGAUGCCAGCGAGGCAUUGCGCCUGGACCCUUUGAAUGUGCAAGCAUAUAUCACGCGAGCGAAGGCAAAGCUCAAGACUGGUCAGAUGCAAUUCGUUGUCACUGACUGCAGCGAAGCCCUGGCACUGGAUCUGCAUCAAGCGACUGCCUGGUCCACACGCGCAGCAGCCAGACUGGACCUCGGCGAUGUGUCGGGGUCGCUGAGCGAUGCUCGAAGUGCUAUCAACUUGGACCAGGGGGAUGUGGAUGGUUGGUGCUCUUUGGGCGGAGCCCUGUUGGAUAGCAAGGACAUGGUUGCCGCUGCUGAAGCAUCCAGCAAGGCGAUACAGCUGGACCCAAGCUGCGCAAGGGCUUGGUUUAACAGAGGCUGUGCGAGGGCCGAUCUUGAGGACUUCGACGGAGCAGGGCAAGAUUUCGACGAAGUUGUGCGAUUAUGGCCGGAGAGCUUCAUGGCAUUCGCUCACCGCGCCCACAUCCGCCUGAAGCAGCGAGACCUGGAAGGCGGGCUGCAGGACUGCGAACAGGCUUUGAAGCUGGACAAGCGGCUGGUCAAAGCAAUGUGCACUCAGGCUCAGAUCAAGCGGAUGACGGGGGAUUUGAAAGGAGCUGUUGCGGAUGCUUCAAAUGCACUGAAGUAUGAUUCCAAUUGUGCUGCUGCAUUCUCCAUCCGUGGGCAGGCCUACUCCAAGAUGGAGAAGCAUGAUAAGGCAGUUCAGGACUGUCAGAGAGCCAUUCAGCUGGAUCCGCCAACUCUGGAGGCACCUAUGCUCGCAUGGCGGCAUGCCUGUGCCUCCGAUCCAAUUCCAACGCCCAUUACGCUAUGGGAGUAUGCAGCCCUUGAAGCUCGGCUGAAACAGGAAGCGAAGGCGAAAGCAGCUGCAGAGGCUGCCCAAAAAUGGGCAAACAAGGCCAAAGCAGCAGCUGCCAAAAAAGCUCAAGAAGAAGCCAUGAGAGCAAGCAUGAAGAAAAGUCGAAGACGCGCGUGA